AUGGAUUUAUUGGAGUUCGUGGUCUCGUUUAUACGUAUCGUAUGCGCAGGGAUUCUGACACCUGGCACCUGCUCUCGCAACCACCACAUGUAUUUGCAGAGCGCACUCAUCCAGCUUGUCUUUUUGUUGCUUUUGACCGUGGAAGAUAGCUGUAUCAAGAUAGUUGAGCUUUGGCAGACGCUGCUUGCUCCUCGCUUUGGCUCAGAACAUGCUACAUUUCCUUUGCAAGCGUCACAUAAGAUAACCCCCAUGAAUAACCCCAUCUUAAACGAACAGCGAGUUGCCAUACUCAAGGCACUUGCUGAGGAGGAUGCCUCUGCUCCGUCUGCAUCGCUGUUAGAGAGCCAGUUCCAAGAAUCGAAUGGCAAUGUCGAAAAGGCCUUGUCGGCGUUGGAGCAGAGCAGGCCUGCUGAUGCCCAGUCAAUCUCCCAUGCCCGUUUUCUGAACUCUCUCGUCGAUGCAGAUAGUAUACGAAAAAUUGCUUUGCAUUUCAGCAAGAAUGCUUUGCAGUCUCUGGUGCAGAAGACGCAGCAGCCUCAGAAACCAUCCACCUUCAAAUCAGCUGCACAGCCAGAAGAGAAGUCGCUUGAAAUCGGCGAGGAAGUUGGUCCAAAUGUAACUCAGCUCCGGCGCAAUCUUUUCGCUGCUGAGCCAACUGCCGUAGUACAUCGGAUGAUUCUCGACAACGAGACCAGUCUGCCAAAUGAGACGAACCAGCACAUUUGCGACAUUCUCGACGAAAAUCCAUCAUUCAACAUCAGAUCAGAGCCCGUCUCUGAGAUUUUGGCCUCUUCCAAGGUGUUCAAGUCUUUGGCGGAUGAGCAGAAGCCAGCGGUAGAGUCUGAUUUCAAAACCCUCCAGCGCGUCCAGACGAUGGCGCCAGUUCCAGAUGCUAUCCCAACCAUGUUGAACAACAAUCUGACUACGUCUCUUCAAAUAUCCUCAAUUCCGGAAGAUUCCUUUGUCGCUGGCUUCUCUUCUACUUUUGGGGAUCCAGUUGUUGCCAGAGCAUACACCACCAUUCGGGGAUCGGGUCUUCGAGUGAUCGACGGCAUCUCAGACAAAGAAACGGUAGACGACAGAAUAACGACCUUCAAAAAUGUCGUCAAUACUGCCAAAACUCAGGUCGAUCUAGAGCGCUUGUUUGGAUCGAUUGACUACUGCGAGUGCUCUGACUGCAACUCCGUCUACAGCCCGGCUUCGUACUUUGUCGAGCUGAUGGAGUUCUUGCGACACUCCAAUCUACGCACAGGAAACCCACGUAUUGGCUCUUCCAAGCUCGAGGGCACGCAGUUGGAACAGCUUCUGCUCAGGCGACCUGAUCUGCAAUGUAUCCAGCUGACCUGUGAGAACACUAACACUCUGAUCCCGUACAUUGACCUCGCGCUUGAAGUAAUGGAAUCCUACAUAGUGUAUGCUCCUACCAUCAAAGCAUACAACGUCAAUGGAGAGACUAGCGCGGAAUUACUUGCUGAGCCUCACCACACCAAUGCCGAAGCAUAUGUUGUGCUGCGUGAAGCCGUCUAUCCCUUGAGUCUCCCGUACCACCUGCCUAUUGACACUCUUCGAGUGCUUCUAUCCUUUCUGAAGACUUCUCGAGCGGAGUUGCUUCAUCUUUUCCAACCAAACUUUGUCGCCGACUCUGGUUCAGCCCAAUCUAAUGAGGAGAGUAGCCGUGCCUACGAUGCUGAACAAUUUGAUCACCCAGGAGGACAACAAGGAGGCUGCGGCCAGGGCUGUCAGUGCUCCAGCUGCUCUAGAUCACGAUCCAAGUACGAGCAGCAGAUUCGCCUUCACAAAAGCUGGGAAUACUUUGGCUACGAGACGAAAGCAGAGCUGCUAGACGACAGCCCGAAGCCCAAAAAGGGUUUGACCUGGGUCAAGGCACAGUUCCUUCCCCGUACUGGGAUCGUUUACACAGACCUUGUUUCCCUCGUGUCUACAGCCUACGUUAAUCCGAAUAUGCCAAAGGGAAAAGCACUGGCUACAAUGCUGAAAAUCAAGUUCAGCUACCGCUUCCUCUCCUACCUUGUCGACAAGAAACGGCACGACAAGCGCCGUAGAUAUGCAACUCUCAUCAAAUUCCUCAGCUUUGCACAGCCUCUCAUCCCGCUCAUCGAGUGGGCAAAGGUUCGCUUAGAUCCAUGUGCAGACAGCAACGAUGAUUCUGGCGGCUGCGGAUGCCACGGCCACGCUGCCAAGCAUGAUGACCGUUGUUGUUGUUGCUGUAAUGGACACGACGAAUGGAGCAAUUGGGUUUACACCUGGUUCGAAAGAAUCGGAUGCAUCACUGUAUUAGAGUCGGGCGAAGGCCCCCAGCCGCCAAAAACAGGCCGACUCUGGGCAGAGCCUCAAAGAUUCCUUGCGUGA